ACGCAGUUGCUGGAGUAAAUGACAUUGGUAUUGGCGCCGAUUUCACAUGGCUGGAAGUAAAUUCUGGCAUGAGGUUAUGUAUUGAGUUUUAAGUUCAUUCGUGUCUUGUAAAACAAUUGGGGAGCCAGCGGAUUUUUUUGUGGCACGUUUUGCAAGUAUGUGCUUCUGAACUGUAUAUUACCGCUUGAAAACCAACAUUCUGAAAAUAAGGCCUGCCAAAUGAGUUCAUCAUUUCUGAAAUUAUCUGCGUUUCUGCAGAAGUACCGAACGCCAGUGUUACUCAUUGGCUGCGGGGGAGCUUUCACAGCCAACAUUUUCUAUCAUGUUUUCCCAAAUGGAACUUACAGGAAGCUGUAUCAGGCCUGGAGUAAAGGACAACCUGCCAGUCUCUCUGAGAAACUGGAGAAUACAUUUCAAGCGGUAUUAAAGGAUUGCGCUGUCGGCUCAUCCGAAAACUACAGUGCCUUUGCGUCCUUUGGCUUUCAGCCGCUUGGUGCUGGCAUUCCCUGGUUACCUGCUGGUGCCCAAGUAGGCAUACCAGCCAAUUUUAAUAGUACUACAGAUGACGCAGCUGGCAUCACCAAUCGCACUAUUCUCAUAAACGGCAAGGAGGUAGAGUGGGAUAGUGACAUUGGCACCAACCUAAAACAGUCCCUUCUGUUUUCCCCUGAGGCACAGAAGUUUGCUAUAGCCCGGGAAGUGAUUCGAUUGGAAACAGCUGGGCCACUGUUGCAUGCUGCAGUGGCUCCAGCUUGCCUGGCUGGGAUUUGUGUCAACAGUGUGGUUCUGAAACACGUUUUUGGGCUGUACGCAGGCCCCCUUCUGGCCAGGGGGGUGGUCAAUUUAGUUGUGGUUGGUUUGGGUGCUGCAUUCUACAUGCUGGCCUCAGACGAAGUUAGCCAGUGGCUGGACUACAAAUCAGACCGCCGUGCUGCCAGCCUCUCCCUUCAAUAUGCCAAAGGUGGAGUGGAGUUCUAUGACAAGAUCCUGUCCCGGAAUCAGAGUCUACGAAUGUUGAUGGGACCAAAGGGGGAGGAGGUGUAUGCACCAAGUGGGAAUCUUUUCCCUACUAACCUGUUCAGUAUGAAGCAUGCGCCGUACACUGCUCGAAGGGAUGGAAUUGCAGGCCUCUUGAAAGAACUGAAAAUGUAGAGAAACUUAAGCUGAAUAACACAUGAAGUGUGUAAUUUAUUAUUGAAAUUAUUAGCAUUACUGUGUUAUGCUUACAAGAAAGUUCUGUGUAGUACAAAAAAAUGAUGUUGGAACAUGGAAAAAGUAUUAACUAAACUAAUCGACAGGCCUCAGCCAUCAAGUAAGAGUUGAAAGAGCUGCAGUUUUUCAGGAUAUGUAUUUCGUAAAUCUGCAGUAAAGCCAAAGUUCCUCAGAUAGACCAAGUGAUACCAUUCAGGGAUGAAGGAGCGCUCUUUUGUGUCUGUGUUGUUACACCAAAUGUGAUUUAAAAAACUUCCCAUCAGGGACAAUAAAGUUUUUAAGCAACUAUA